CGGCGAAUUAACCUCAGCAGCGCAUCCUGUUAUUUUCAAAGCCGCGCCUCAUCGCCUCUUAUAGAAACGCCUUAGGAUGGCAGUAAGUCCUGACCACACACAAGAUGAUGGAGUUUCUAAGACCACAGCCAUUCACCUUCAAAGCUACUUACACGGAGGAACAUCCAGCCUGCUCUCGGCACUUCCAACUGUUUUGGUUUUUCCUGUCUACAAAACCAUUUUUCGACAACAGAUCCACAACACUCCAGUGCGCCAGGCGGUAGGACAGCUUUAUAAAGAAGGACCUGUGAAGCUCUACAGGGGCGUGGUUCCACCACUCCUGAUGAGAACCCUGAAUGGUACUCUACUCUUCGGCUUCCAGGACACACUUCUCCGUCAUCUUUCACUGUCAGCCCAUAAUGCCAUCUUUACCGCCGCCCUACCUGCUUUGGCUGGAUGUGGUGCAGGUAUAGCAGAGGCCGUGGUCUUCACCCCAUUUGAACGCGUACAGAAUGUACUGCAGAACAGCAAAAAUGACAGGCAUCUACCCUCCUUGAGGAGUGUUCUCAUCAGGCUGAAGGAGCAGAGGAUAAGCCAGGGGUACUACAGAGCCUUUUUGCCCAUCACAGUGCGCAAUGCCCUCGGCAGCUCCCUGUAUUUUGGCCUAAAGGGUCCGGUGAGUGCCAUUGUGGCAGGACAUGGCCUCUCUCCCAUGGCUUCCUCAUUCGUCUCAGGAACUAUGACCUCCAUGGCCAUCAGCUUGACUCUGUACCCUAUGUCUGUGCUGGUAGCAAACAUGCAGGCACGGGUGGGAGGAGAGAGUAAGGGUGUCAUGGCAUGUUGGCGGGCAAUGUGGAAAUCCCGAAAUCACAGCGUGGUUCUUUUGUAUCGAGGGGGCACCCUUGUUAUUCUCAGGUCAUGCAUUACCUGGGGCAUCACCACAGCUAUUUACGACAGACAAGUGAAAUGAUCCUGCUCAAUAUGAAAGUGCUUAAAGGUGCCAUUAUGUUUGCAUUAACUUCUCGUUGUGUGCUAAUAUGAUAAACAGCUUCAGUCUUUGAAUCUUAAACAUUUUUCUAAGCAGUUACUUUUGUUUUUGAUUCAGGCCUUUCUUACAGGAAAUAUGCAGACCUGUUAUAGUGAAUCUGAGGUGUGGGUUGUGGGAGUUAGAAAUGAUGCAGGAAGUCAUGACCUUUGAGCAAAGGUGAACAACUAACGUAAACCACUGUAAACCACUUGUUAGAAUUAUUCUGAGCUUAAACCUCAAGGAUGUAUUAAAGGGAGGAUUUAAGACUUUUAGAAUUAGGUUUGUAAAAAGCCACAAGUAAUCAGCGUCUUAAGUGCAGAAGAAAACUCUGGAAUCUUGAAUCAAUAUAUUCAACCAAUGCUGGACCCAGUUCACAUUUUGCUGUUUUGAAAAUGUAAAUUCUUGUAAUAGUUAUUCAUCUGUUUUCAUGAUGCAAGAAAGACUGAAAGUUACUUGAUUACAUAUUAAAUAAGUUAAUGCAUUUUAUAUACAUUUCUGUCAUAGGAAUCAUGUAAAGAUCUGAUCUGUUCAUUGCACAUGUUGUUCAAGGCAUUAGCUUCAGUCUCCCGGACAAAUGAAUCUGGAUUUACUCUGAAUCAAGAUGCCAGAAGUUAUCUACUGCAGAUCAGAUAUUAAGUGCACAUGACAUUAGAAGAGAAUCCAACCUGAAAAUAUCAAGCUCUGCCUUUAAAUCAUUAUAGCUCAACUGCCUUACUGAAAAGAAGAAACUGUCUGUUUAAUGUGUCGCUGCCUAAUGAGGGAAUAUUAAUUGUCAUGUUACUCAAGUUCAAUGUUACUCAAGAAAAAAAGGUGCUGUAAAAAAAACGUGCCUAUGUUAUCGUAGGCUAAUUGUUUGUUGAACUUUUUCAAAUGUUUUUGUUUUUAACCCUGUAAUGCCAAAUGUAUCAUAUUUGAUACAUACGGUUUCUGAAAUG